UACAAACGUCAAUGUCAAAACAUUUCUGGAAAGGGGAAAAAUAAAAUAAUAAAAUUGUUACUUUCUCAUUGAGUGUAAGAAAAUUGCGUAAAUAGUUUCAGAUCUUUGUUGAGCGUAUAAUGAUAUAUUUUAGAACUUAAAUCAGUGUAUAAAUAAAUCGUUACGAUGAGUAAGCAUAUGUAUUCUACCGCAAACCUUAGUGACAAAGAAUUGAAAGAACAAGGAAACAGACUUUUUAGUUUGCGUCGUUACGAAGAUGCUAUGAAUUGUUAUACGAAGGCUAUAAUAAAGAAUCCAUCAGUUGCCACAUACUUCACAAACCGAGCACUAUGCCACCUCAAGAUGAAGCGCUGGGAAGCCACUUGCCAAGACUGCCGCCGAGCACUUGACAUUGACUCAAACCAGGUCAAAGGACACUUCUUUUUGGGACAAGCUCUGGUGGAACUUGAGUUCUAUGAUGAAGCAAUCAAACAUCUUCAUAGAGCCAAUGACCUUGCCAGAGAGCAGAAACUCAACUUUGGCGAUGACAUCGCUGCACAGCUCCGUAUUGCCAGGAAAAAGAGGUGGAAUGUUCAGGAGGAGAAAAGGAUCACACAGGAGAUUGAACUUCAAACAUAUUUGAAUAGGUUAAUAAGUGAAGACAUGCAGCGUAGAAUAGAAGCCUUAAAACUAGAGCACAAUAGCGAAGAGGUUGUUAAUAUGAAAACGGCGAAAUUAGAAGAAGAAUGUAAUAACUACACCAGCGAGCUAAACAAUUUAUUUGCCAAAAUAGAUGAUAGGAGAAGGAAACGUGACGUUCCCGAUUACCUAUGUGGGAAGAUAAGCUUCGAGAUACUAAACGAGCCGGUGAUCACGCCGAGCGGUAUUACGUACGAGAAAAAAGACAUUGAAGAACAUCUUGAGCGCGUCGGCCAUUUCGACCCAGUGACGCGCGUGAAGCUAACAGCGGAUCAGCUCAUUCCUAACUUCACUAUGAAGGAGGUGGUCGACUCCUUCCUUCAGGAGAACGAGUGGGCGCUCGACUAUUAACCGGUUCUAGUUUAUGUAAGGGUUAUUAAAUUUUAAUUAUCAUGUUAUAAUAAAGCUGUUUCAUCGUUGCGUGUUGGUGGAACUACCCUUCUGAAAAAGCAGACUC